AUGUUGACCAAAGUUGCUCAUCCUUUUAUAGUUAAUCGAGCUUCACCAUUGUCGCUCACAAUUCGACCAUGGUCAAUUUCGAGUAUACUCUUCCAAGGUGCUUCUUCCAAAUUCAAAACAGAUGAUAAAUCAUUAGUUGAAAAAAAAAGCGAUGAAAAGGUUUUGAGAGUUGAAGAUUCCUUAAAAGAUUUAUCGUCGGUUAAUUGGCGUACUGAAUUUAAUGGAAAACGUUUAUGGCCUCAUGAUCAGUGGCCAGAACGUGAUCUGGUUAAUUUUCCACCAUAUAAACUUCGUGACGCACCAAAUCCAGUGCGUUGGUAUUGUGUACCAGAAUCAUGGUUUAAAUUUUUCUAUGAAAAAACUGGUGUUACUGGACCAUAUAUGUUUUUCUAUGGCUUACUUGUCUAUGGAUUUAGCAAGGAAUAUAUCGUUCUGUGGUAUGAUUUUACUGAAUAUCUUAUUUUGGCUGCAGCUGUUAUUACUGUUGUUAAAAAACUUGGUCCAACAGUUGGAGAUACCUUUCGUGGUUGGCAUCAAGAUGAAGUUGGUCGAUAUAAUUCAGUUGUUAAUAAUUCAAAAGCCAUGGCUGGAAAAAUGCUGCAUGCUUAUGAAGAAUCAUUAGAACGUGCAAAAAGUAUUAGUCUAUUAGCAGAAGCUCGAAAAGAUAUUAUCAACAUGGGUUUGGAAGCAGCAUAUCGUGAAAGAAUGAAGCAAAUGUAUGAAGCUGUUAAAAGACGAUUAGAUUAUCAAGUGGCUCUUCAAAAUGCUAGAAAAGAUUUUGAACGGACAAAUAUGAUUAAUUGGAUUACAGAUCAAGUUAAAAAAUCAAUCACACCUAAACAAGAGCAAGAUACCUUACAAACAUGUCUGAAUCAACUUCGACAAAUAGCUUCACAAUCGCGAUAA